UCCUUCGGAGGAGGAGUCCCGGUCGGCCCUUCGCUCGGCGGGCGAGCGAGCGAGGAAGAAGAUGACCCAGGCAGAGAAGGGGGAAACUGCUGCCGCUGCGGCGGCCGCAGAGAACGGGAAAGACAAAGAGCGCGACAAGGAGAAGGAACAGCGCGGCGCCAAGAGGCCCAUCGUCCCCGCCGCCGUUCCCGACUCGUUGCAAGAGCAAAUCCAGAGCAACUUCAUUAUUGUGAUACAUCCUGGCUCAAUGACUUUAAGGAUUGGAAGAGCCACAGAUACGCUUCCUGUUAGCGUCCCUCACAUCAUUGCAAGAAGACAUAAACAACAAGGACAAAUCUCAUACAAAGACAGUUGGCUUCUAAGAGAAGGACUCAAUAAACCAGAAAGUACUGAACAAAGACAAAAUGGGCUUAAAAUGGUUGACCAAGCAAUAUGGUCUAAGAAGAUGUCAAAUGGUGCCAGACGUACACCUAUAUCACCUGAUCAGAUCCGAUCAUACAACAGACAAAUGAGACCUGCUAUUUUAGAUCACAGUUCUGGGGCAAAAUGGACAAAUACUACUCAUCAUCCAGAAUAUGUUGUUGGUGAAGAGGCAUUAUAUAUUAAUCCUCUGGACUGUUACAGUGUUCAUUGGCCUAUUCGGCGGGGACAACUGAACCUUCACUUAGGACCUGGGGGCUCCCUUACUGCAGUCAUUGCUGAUCUUGAGGUCAUAUGGUCGCAUGCAAUUCAGAAAUAUCUAGAAAUAUCUCUGAAGGAUUUGAAGUAUUACAGAUGUAUUUUACUAAUUCCAGACAUCUAUAAUAAGCAGCAUGUGAAAGAAAUAGUAAAUAUGAUUCUCCUGAAAAUGGGCUUUUCAGGAAUAAUCGUGCAUCAGGAAUCUGUAUCUGCUACUUUUGGAAGUGGUUUAGGCAGUGCAUGUGUUGUUGAUGUGGGGGAUCAGAAGACAAGCAUCUGCUGCGUUGAAGAUGGGGUUUCACAUCAUAACACCAGAAUCCAGCGUUUACUUCUGGAUUUAUCUGGACUGAAAGAUCAUGAGUUUCAAGUCCGUCACCCAGAUUCUCCAGCUUUGUUGUAUCAGUUGCGCUUAGGAGAUGAAAAGUUACAGGCUCCAAUGGCACUAUUUUAUCCAGCAACGUUUGGAAUUGUGGGUCAGAAAAUGAUAGUUUUGCAGCACAGAUCUCAAGGCGAUCCUGAGGACCCCCAUGAUGAACAUUAUCUCUUAGCUACACAAAGUAAGCAAGAGCAGUCUGCAAAAGCAACAGCUGAUCGAAAAUCCAUGACCAAGCUGGGUGGAUUUGAUGGAGAUCUCCGAGGCCAAUCUGCAAGUGUUGCUGAAAAUGUUUAUCCUUCAGAAGUGGACUUAGGCAGUUCUCAUAGUGACUGCAUUAUUGGUGGAAAUGAAUCUGAAGAAAUGCUAACAACUCACAUGUCCCGAAAAACGGCUGUAUCUCAAUUUGAAGGGAAAGCUUUAGGCCUUGACAAAGCAAUUCUGCACAGCAUUGACUGCUGUGCAUCAGAUGAUACCAAAAAGAAAAUGUACAGUUCAAUCCUUGUAGUUGGAGGUGGCUUGAUGUUCCACAAAGCUCAAGAAUUUCUUCAACAUAGAAUUCUCAACAAAAUGCCUCCUUCUUUCAGAAGAGUUGUUGAAAAUGUAGAAGUCAUUACAAGACCAAAGGAUAUGGAUCCACGUUUGAUUGCUUGGAAAGGUGGUGCUGUUCUAGCCUGCCUAGAUACAACGCAGGAGCUCUGGAUUUAUCAACAAGAAUGGCAGCGCUUUGGUGUCCGUAUGUUACGUGAAAGAGCUGCGUUUGUGUGGUGAUCCAGUAUUAUUUAGAAAUAGAAUGUUUCCCUGAUCCCUAGUUUUGUGUUUUAAAUAAA